AUGGCAAUUGACCGCGAAAACCUUCAACAAACCGGGUCACUCAUAGUGGAACGCAGCAAUCUGGCGAUUCCUGCGAGAUGUAAGGGUUUCAGUGCUGGCGCUCCCCUCCUGCCUCCUCUUAACCUCAUUGACCUGGAGCUCUUGCUGCACUGGAAGGACAGAACCUACCAAACUUUUUGCCGAAGUCCACACGGAAAGACUGUCUGGCAGUCUCUCGUCCCACAGGAAGCACUUGUGGAACCAUUUCUCAUGCAUGGCAUAUUGGCGCUCUCCGCCGUACACCUUGCGCGGACGAAGAAUGAGUUUUUGAAGCCAGCGUAUAUCAGCAGAGCUGCAUCCCACCAGAAUCAGGCAUUGGCUAAAUUCCGCCCAUUGCUUAUGAACAUCAAUCCAUCUAACUCCAAAGCGAUGUUCGCAUAUGCCAGCCUCAUUACUGUCUACUCCUUUGGUUCUUCCCAGGAACCUCAUCCUACUGACUUCCGGACAACCAUAGAUAACCUUUGUCAGGUAAUUGUAUUUGCGCAGGGUGUUCAUCAAAUCUCCGUGAAGGCUGCAGAUGCGCUGCAAGAUAGUAUGUUCCGGCCAUUACUUCAGUGGGAAAGCUUGCAGCAAAAUCUUACCGAAGAGACAAAGCUUACUUUUGAACGUCUGCACGAAGCGAUCCGCAGCCUGACCUCAGAUGACACCCGCCGCGACCAUUUUGGGGCCAUCAUAUGCAUACAAGACGGCCUGGCUGAAAUAUUAGGGGGCUCCACGGCAGUAGCUACCGCGACCAGAGUCGCAAUCAGGAUGCCACCAGGAUAUGUGGGGUUACUGCGCAAUUACGAUCCCUUAGCAUUGGUAAUACUGGCAUACUAUUGCUCUGUUUUGCAUCGUUUGAGGCAUAACUGGUGCCUCGAAGCCUGGGGCGCUCAAGGUGCUCGCGCCGUAUGGUCCAUGUUAGAUGGUCAAUGGAGGAGCCUGAUGCGUUGGGCGAUGGAAGAUAUAUUUGGGCCUCACUUCUCCACACAGUCGGAGACCUGUGAGAAUCCUAAUAAGUUCGGAGUCUGA